AUGACACACAGCUUCACCCUAACUGGUAAGAGGCAGCCUGGAAGACAGGGCGUGAAAAUGGAUGCCAGCUCAGAGGAAUACAUGAGAGCCUUUUCAAUAAAGGGACUGAAUCAAGUCAGACCCUCAAGCUUAGUCCCUCAGGCAGGUGAAACCCCAGAGGGAGGACUGCUGGUUUUUGAUAAGGAAAUCCAAUCUGUGCUGCAAAGAAGACGUUUAGCAUGCGGAAAGAGUCUGAAAGAAGUGCCUGGUACUGUUUACAAUCUACCUGAAGACGUCACAUGUUCCCGUCAAGUGAAACCUGAUCAAGAGAGAGCUGUUGAAGACGAACAAAGGAAAAACAUCAUGAAACCAUUGUUCAGUUUGAUCCUGACAGACAUACUGUCUAUCUUGUUUUUACGUGACGUGUUUUGUGAAUUUUUAGGAACCGUUUUUUUUCUCUUCAUCAGCCUCUCUUCUGCCAUUCUGUGGCCACAUGCUGGAUCUCUGUCUGUAGUCUCCAUCCCAGAUGAACCCCUGCCGACAUUGGACUCUUCCCUGGCAUCCACACCGGACCCACUGCAUGUUUCUUUGGCUUUUGGAGUAUCGGUGGCCCGGGCUGGUGUCUGCCUGGGUGAGGUGCAUCUCAACCCAGUAAUUACCCUGGCAUUGGUUGCAGGCUUGAGGGUGAGCCCUUGGAGGGGAGUCCUGUUGGUUGGAGCCCAGCUGCUUGCUGCUCUCAGUGCCUGUGCUAUCCUUUUAGUCAUUGCACCAACUACCCAAAGUAGCAACCAUGGGGAUGUGGCCCCGGGGGUGUAUCUGUAUCAGGCUCUGUUAGUGUAAACGGCUGUUACAUUCCAGCUAGUGCUGUGUGUCCAGGCUGCCACUCAUCCCAAAUCCGCAUUUUCCUCCAAUCCUCCUGCUGUCACCGGCCUGUCGGACACCCUCGGUCAUCUCAUGGCGAUCGGCUUCACCGGCUGUGGAAUGAAUCCUGCCAGGUCAUUUGGUCCAGCUGUGCUAACUAUGAACUUCCACAAUCAUUGGGUGUAUUGGGUUGGGCCUUGCUCUGGCUCUCUCCUAACCUGGUUUCUGCAUGACCUGCUGCUUCGUCCUUGCUGGAGCUGCUUUGGCGACUGGGUGACCGAAUACAAAGAGACGUUCCUGAAAGACCUUUCCAAGAAGCCCAGGAAUCCUGAACCAAAUAUGGAAGCAUAG